CAGGGAUUUCUAACAAGCUUGUAAUAUACUUUAACCGUGUUCUUCAAAUAAGACUUAGUUCCGAUCAGUGGUACAUUGAAGUUGUACAAGAAGGCGAGCAGUGCUAAACCACGGUGCUGUAAUUGAUCCCGCAGCAUUGCCUUAACAUUUACAAUGAUGAUGAGCUUCUCGAUUCCAUCUUUACUUUCGACCGUGGUCGUCAUCCUGUUGGCUGUUGACUUCGUUCACGGUGAGAUGAAACCAACCAAAUUUGCUAAAGAGGUUGUUUGUGAAGGCUGUCAUGCUGUAAUAGCAGAGACGAACAAGAUCCUUGGGAAGGGGAAAAGAACAGAAAAGACAGUGACAAAUUCAAUGCGAGGGAUCUGUGAGGCACAGAGGUUAAAUCAAUACGAGUUCAGUCCACCUACUAUGAAGAAAGUUUGUGAUUAUUGGACAGAAAAUUAUAAAACAGAGAUCAAAGCUGCUCUGAUGAACGGUCUUCCUGAAGACGAGCAGGAAAUCGAACUCUGUUGGAUCACCACUGAUAUCUGCCGAGGCGUCGAUCGUUCUAAUUUCAGAAUAAAUAAAUAUGAAGGACCGAGCAAACGAAAAAUAAUGGCCGCGACAAAAGCUAGUAAAGAAGAGACUGCUGACGAGACUGUCGACGAGUCCGCCGACGAACCACCGGCGGAGAAGAAGGAAGAAGCCAAAGAUGAGAAGAAAGAUAAAAAGAAGUCGAGCAAAAAAUCAUCAAAGUCUAAAUCAAAAAAGAAGGCAGAGGAGAAGGAUGAACUUUAAUGAUUAUUGAUAACUUUAUUGUAGAUGAAAGACCUUAAUUUACCGCAUUUAAAUUAUAUUGAAGGAUAGUUCCAGCUAGAGCAUUUUGAUAAAAGUGUUGGGGUAAGAUUAUGGCAUUCAGAUGACGUAUUUUUUCUCAUUUUGGGGGUUGACUGUUAAAACAUUUCUAUGACAUUUGCGUAUAACAAGCUCAUAUACAGUGUUAUUUUCAUUUUCUACUAAUGUAUUCUAAUUGUCUUCGUUCUCCUUUCUUACCGCAUCUAAAUCACCCUUAACACUUUAACGGGGACGUAGUCGAGGCCGGCCUCGUCGCCACAUAUUGCCGACCCUGGCCUCGACCUCUUGCGAGUCACGUGUAUAAAGACCGUGGUAUAAAGUUUAUGCGAGAUGAUAUUCUCCAACGCCUCGCAACUAGUAUACCAGCAUAGAUCGACUUAAAAAAAACAUUAAACGUUAUUUUUCAUUUUGUGUAUUUAUUUCUAAAAUCCAUUCCAGUCAUUUUUUUCCACUCAAACUUUUUCAAUCCUCCCUGCAACAUAAAUUAUGUCAUGUGUUAUACCUUGUAGUUAUAACGAUAUUAUAAAAAAAUCUAAAUUUUGAUUCAUGUAUUCAGAAUUGUUUAUGUAUGAUUGAUGAUGUGAACAAAACAAAUCUCAGACUUAACUGUAAAAUUGAUUACAUUUUAUUAUACAUCUAUUUUAUUUUUGUUUUGCAAUUCGAUAUCCAUUUGUAACUUGACGAUUGAAUAACUUUCAAAAUUGUUAUUGCGCUGUGUUAAUCAUUCAAUUGUGAUUAAACUUUUUUAUUACUUAAAAAAAAGUAUCCAUGAAUUUACGCCAAAAUGAAUUGUUCUUAUCAAAAGACUGAAUAAAAU